GUGUCGCUCCGUCUCCUUCACUUCGCCCUCCAGCAGGAGACGGUCACUGCGGCGGCGGAACGCCUAACUGGGCCUGCACAGUACAGCUCUCCGGCACACAAUCUUGGUUUCUCUCUGCCUGGGAGAAUGGCUGUUCCUCCAUCAUAUGGUGACCUCGGCAAAUCUGCCAAAGACAUCUUCAGCAAAGGAUAUGGUUUUGGUCUGAUCAAACUUGAUGUGAAGACCAAGUCUGCAAGUGGAGUGGAAUUCAAAACCUCUGGUUCCUCCAAUACUGACACCAGCAAAGUAAAUGGGAAUCUGGAAACCAAGUACAAGUGGUCAGAAUAUGGGUUGACCUUUACGGAGAAGUGGAACACCGAUAACACACUUGGAACUGAAAUAACGAUUGAAGAUCAGAUAGCCAAAGGGUUAAAGUUGACAUUCGACACAACUUUCUCACCCAACACUGGCAAGAAGAGUGGGAAGGUCAAGGCUGCAUAUAAGCGUGAAUAUGUCAACCUUGGCUGUGAUGUAGACUUCGAUUUUGCUGGCCCAACCAUUCAUGGAGCAGCUGUUGUUGGCUACGAAGGAUGGCUUGCUGGCUACCAAAUGUCCUUUGACACAGCCAAAUCUAAAAUGACACAGAACAACUUUGCUGUUGGAUACAAGACUGGUGACUUCCAGCUGCACACAAAUGUUAAUGAUGGCUCUGAAUUUGGAGGGUCUAUUUACCAGAAAGUUGCUGACAAUCUGGAAACUGCUGUCAACCUUUCGUGGACUGCAGGCAGCAACAGCACACGCUUUGGCAUUGCAGCCAAAUAUCAGCUGGAUUCCAGUGCCUCUAUCAGUGCUAAAGUUAGCAAUGCCAGUCUGGUUGGGAUAGGCUACACUCAGACCCUGCGACCUGGUGUGAAACUGAACUUGUCGGCCCUUAUUGAUGGGAAGAGCAUCAAUGCUGGAGGUCACAAGCUCGGACUGGGUUUAGAACUGGAAGCUUAAGGGUCGUCCUUCUGUCAGAUGAGGAAAUAUCAGAGGAAUUUGGCCUUAAAUGUGUUUCCAACUGAACCAGCAGGGGAUUUCUUAAAGGGAUGUUGAUGCACCAAGAUAUGUCACCCUGUAGUACUGUUAGAUGGUUACCUGUCAGCUGGUAUCCACAUAUUUGGUUCAUACUUAUAAAAGUUGCUUGUGGUAGGUCAGUUAUUUAUACAUUUCAAUGUAUCAAACACUCUCUGCCCUGACAAUGUAAAAUACACCUUUCUGGAAAGAUGACAUCUGUGCAUGUUUUGCUUUUUAAGAUUUGGCUGAUCAGAAACCGUGCUGUUACUCAAGCAGGGUAUUCUGACUUUCUGAUUUGACUACAUUGUUGACAUGAUCCUAAGUAGAAUGUGAACUUUCAUACAGCACCUAAUGCAUAUUUGUCCACUGUUCCUUUACACAUAGAACAUGCUCAAAUUUUUGUCAUGCUUUACCAACCACCAGCAUUACUCCAUGCUGAAACUGGUGGUUACAGCAAAACCUCCUCAAAGUUUUUAAGGCUGCUCUUUAUUUCUGUAGUUUGCCUAUUUAUAAAGCUCUUAAGUUGGCUACCUACAUACUUGUAGGUGGCUGGAAUUUUUGUCUACCUACCAGGCUAAAAUGGCAGUGAAGGUACACAGUAAUGCCAAAGGCUUUUUCUGAAUAAUUAGGCUGGAGUUCAGUACUAAAACCAUUGGUGCCCCCCACCUUGUUGACUGGUUGAAACCAUUGCUGACAGACUUCAGAAGUCCUCCUGUGUAUGUUGAGCUUUUCAAUAAAGUAUUUGAAAUUAAA